AUGCAAAACAAUAACCGACAAAAGCGCAUGUCUGAGUUCAACUCAAAUCUUAAUCUGAUGGUUUUUCUUAUGGUCGUUGCUGUCGUCGUCUGCUGGCUACCAUUUCACGUCUUAAAUCUAUCCUGGGCAUAUGGCCUCCGAGUCAGAACGGGAUUGUGCGAGUUUCUUCAGAGCGCUGCUCGAUUUUUGACUUGGUUUCAUCCUCUUGUGAAUUGCUUACUGUAUUCUUUCAUGGGAAAGAAAUUUAGGAAGGAACUGAGGCACACGAUUUAUCGAGUCAGAACCAUGAGAAAAAGAGGAAUAGAGAAUGACUCUCAAUUUCUAAGCCUGAAAUCAUCAUUCAACUCUAGAAGACCUUCUGCUUCAAGACUUGUUCUGUAA